AUGAACCCAAAACCCCCAACAAUCCUCAAAUACCUUCUAAUCCCCCUCUUCCUCUCCCUCCCUCUCUUCCUCUUCCUCCUCCAAACUCCCUCCACCCCCACCCCCACCCUCCGCCACCGCCGACCGCCGGCGGGUAUCCGGAUCCGACCCGGCUACACCUCCUACGCCACCUACAUCAACCGCCAGCUCAACAAGACCCAGAACCCAAAACUCCGCCGGAUCUGGAGAACCCGCGACUGGGACCGCAAAGUCCGCGUCUUUUCCCAAUUCUUCCAACUCCUCCAAUCAAAAAACCUCCUCCACAACUCGUCCCGCGCCCUUUGCGUCGGGGCGCGGGUCGGGCAGGAGGUCGAGGCCCUGAGGCGGGUCGGGGUGCCCGACUCGAUCGGUCUCGACCUCGUCCCGUCGCCGCCGCUGGUCGUGGAGGGUGACUUCCACGCGCAGCCGUUCGGCGACGAGACCUUCGACUUCGAAUUCUCCAACGUGUUCGACCACGCGCUCUACCCGGAGAAGUUCGCGCGUGAGAUCGAGCGGACGCUGAGGCCCGGAGGGGUGUGCACGCUCCACGUGGCGGUGUCGCGGAGGGCGGAUAAGUACUCGGCGAACGAUGUGUUCGGCGGCGUGGAGGCGGUGGUGGGGUUGUUUAAGGGGUCGGGGGUUGUUUAUACGAGGAAGGUGGACGGGUUCGGGUUGGAUACCGAAAUUGUGUUUAGAAAAAAAGAAGGGAGGAUAAGGUGA